AUGACAUCCAGUGGGCAGCAGCAGCCCGAAGCCAAGACGGCGACCGCAAAGGCUGGAGCUUCGCGGGCUUCGAUAGCCUGCCUCGCAUGCCGGACACGACAUAUUCGUUGCGAUGCCACAAAGCCCGUUUGCAAGCGGUGCGAAGAAGAUGGCAAGGAAUGCAAUUACACAAAGUCACGACGGGGAGGCCUCGACAGAGCGGCCUUGGCUGCCAGGAGAAAACGGUUGGCAAAACAGUCGUCGACAGGCCCGCAGCAUGACCCAGGCAGAGUCGUAGCAGACCUGCAGCAACCUCUUCCUCUAGGUUCAGGCUCAUCGAUGCCUGUCUUUUCAGAAUGUUUCCCUGAAGCUAUUGGGCCCUUCUUUGAUGCCUCUUUUCAGGGUUCUGGACGCGCAAACCUGGUUGAUGCUUCGAAGUUGUCAGACCUCGAAACCGACCCCUUCAUAGACUUGUACUACAAGUGCUUUCACACCUUUCAUCCCUUGGUCCUCCCACGGCAUCGCCUACAAGUCUAUUCAAGGGAUACUGCCAAGUCGGAAAGAAUCAAGCCUGUGAUUUCGGGGAUUCGCUAUAUCGGAUCGCUUUAUGCUCGUUCAGAUCAAAGCGGACGACUAGCAGCAAAGGCAGCCAGCGACAUUGCCGACGCAAAAGCUGCUUCAUCACCAUGCCCCUUUCUGUGCCAGGCCCAGCUGCUCUACUCCAUCGUUUUAUUCUGGUCCAGUGACCGACCUCAGUCUCAAGUAUACCUUGAUGAUGCCAUAGAUGCCGCGACUCUAUUGGGAAUGCCUCGUCAGGAAUUCGCUGACGCGCACAGCGACGGAGAUGCUGUUUUAGCAGAGAGUUGGAGGAGGACCUGGUGGCAGCUAUAUAUUGUGGAUUCACACUAUGCAGCUAUCAGACGCGACACAGAAUUUCGUACCAGAGACAUUCCAGCCACGGUGGACUUGCCAUGUGAGGAACAAGAGUACAAAUCGGGAGCAAUACCAACCCCAGAUUCACUCGCCGAUUUUGAUUCGAGAGAGUUUGCUUCAGACAACCAUGUCUACUCAUCGUUCGCAUAUCUCAUUGGCGCAGCCAGAGGUGUCGCUCAAAUACUGGCGGCAACACCACCGGACAAGAGAACCUCGCCUCCAAUUGACCUUGUUGAGGCCGUGGAUGCCGUGGUAGAUGGAUGGCUGCUGCUACUGCCAGAGUGCAAGAGGCCUCUGAUGUCCAAAACCGGCGAGAUGGACGAGUUGCUCUUCUAUGCCCACAUGAGUAUCCAUGCGUAUGUAUCCCAUGGCCCAAUCCUUCCCUCCGCGCCUAACUUGCAUGUGGACUUGGCUAACACUUCUCCCUCUCGUCAAAGUUACAUGGUGGGUCUUCAUCGCCCUUACUCGAACCUGUUAUUCGAUCCGCUGGAGAAAAUCUCGACUUGUUUCGUCUCCCCGCCAGAGUCCCAUUCAGUCAGUGACACGACGGCCAUUCACACAAUGAGAUGCCUGGCGUCUAUUGAAGCCCAGGUAAGGAUCAUGACGCUCCCCAAACGCCCGUUUUGUCAUAGCCCAUUCACGCUGUGCAUGGUGACCACAGGGACGAUUCCGUUCCUGUCGGCCUGCAAAUUCCUCUUCACCGGCGCCAAGCUAUCGAUUGCCCGCGAGCAAAUCCGGCUGACCAUCGGCUGUCUUAAAUCCCUGGGCGAUGUUUGGCCUCAAGGAGCCAGAACCGUCAAGGAAAUACAAGCCAUUGCCCGUGAGGUGCUUAGUUUGGGGGCGUCUGGCGCACCACGAAGCGCCAUCUUGCCAAACAAUGCGUCUUUCGGCGUCAGUAGCUCUCAACGCGGUCCCCUUUCGCAGAGCGGCAGUCGAAACAGUUCCAUCGACGACUUGUUGUUUCCAGACACGGUUGAUAGUCUUUCGUCGUGCUGGGACAUGCAGAAUCAACAGAUAGAUAUGAACUUGUGGUUUUCAAGCUACUGA